AUGGAGAUCGGGGUUCAGAAUGGCGUCCUGACCAACCAUGAUAGAGAUACAAGGGUCAACGGCAUCAACGGCAAUGCGAUAGUCAAGCGAGAGCCUUCCCCAGAGAAGGGUAAAGGAGCCUCGGGGAUUAGCACAUUGAAUGGGACCUAUCACGGUGCGAUGGAUGUGGACGCGCCUCAGGGGCAGGCAUCAAGCAAGGCGCUGCUUUCGGAUGAUCGUUCCAAACUAGACGACUUGCCGGAAGAGAUUGUCCAUAUCACACAGAACUUCAUGCCCCUAGGUCUCCUGUUAACGCGGCUUGCGCAGAAGUCUCACAACGCCAUACAAGACAAGAUUUUAGAGAUGGCCAAGAUGCCACUGCCACAGGUCAUGAACGGCAACUCAGACACCCACAGCAAUCCCCUCGACGAUACAUCGGAAGAGAAUCUUGCGAAGAAGACGGCGCUUUUGCAUUUCGUCCAAGACCUCCAUGCGAAAUGGGUCAAGGCACUCGUUAUCACAGAAUGGAGCCGGAAAGCCGAUCUCGUUAGCAAACUCAUUGAUCUCAAGGCCCAUAUCGAUGUACAGAUGUUCAAAUACGAUGGCGCUCUUGACCAGAUAGUAGAUGUCAAGAGGAACCUAUUGUAUGCGCGUCUCCCGAAUCCAGACCUCAAAACUGCCUUGCAGGUUUUGUCGACGGGAGAUGUGCCCUGGAUGCCCGAGUUAAAUUACAUCGAGCCACCGCCUCUUACUCCUCAAGAACAGCUCAAAUGGAUUGACAACCUCAAUACGCUCUUGUCAAUAAGACUAAGUCUGGAUGAUCACGACAAGAUACCCUUCCAUUUUCGUGAUUAUAGUGUAAGUUCGGGGCGAGUGACUUUCAAGGUCAAAGGAGAGUUUGAGGUAGACCUCACGAUUGCCGACGAAGACUUUGAAAAACAAUUCUGGUUUAUCGACUUCCGCUUUCUAUUCACUCCUGCACCGAAAGAACUCUCGGAAGGUCUCAGAGCUUUCCUAGAGGCCAAAGUCAACGAAGCACUCGCGAAUGAGGGGCUAGAUGGAUGCUACCGGUUCCUGCAUGAGUUUGUCUUGACUCACAAGAUCAAUGAGUUUAGUCGUCAAGCUCGUGAAAUGAGUCGCGACCGAUGGACAGAUUCUGUUCGGGUUGAACGACUGAACAGAGCCAUUUCUAUUCAGUACUGGGCAUCUCGAUAUCUCCAGAACGGACCCAAGAGCUGGGUUAUCCUCGGUGUCAAUAGUGGGAGGAAGACGACAAAUCUUGUGGACGCAAAGGCCACAAGUUCUCUCAGUCUCCGAUGGUUCAGAGACAACAAGGAGGUCAAAGACAUCGACAUAUUGCUGGACAGCGAUGUGGUUUCUGCGGAGCAUCUCCUGAAGAGAGUGAUCGCCAGACAUGUGGGCCAUAUUCUCCGUACCAUCUACGACAAGUUACAAUCAAAGCCGCGCUUCAUGAAACGUGAGGCGGCCAUGUCACUACACCUCGACAAGGACGAACCGAUGCUGUCAGCUCUGGAGGUGCAGUUGACGUAUUGCGAGAAAAUUACUGCCAAGAUCGAUCCAAUCACAGGAUUCUUCGCAAUGUCACCUCAUUCGCGAGUAGUCUAUGAAGGCGAGCAUCGACUUAAUUAUAGGUCAAAAGACCCAGCAGAGGAGGGGUUGAUAUCAAUUGAAGGUAUCCGUUGCGUGUCUACCAUGGAAGAACUCAACCGCCGAGGAAAGAGCAUGGGAUGGAUCGGUAGUCCCCGACCAAUUAAGCCCGAAGAAGUCAGAACAAUCGUCAAUUCUCGUGACGGAGUCCAGUCCUUAUGGUUCAAACGAGAAGGGUGGGACCCGCGAUGGUAUCUCAUGCUAAGCCUUAGUCUGAGUGGUGAUCAAUGGUGGCUGGUCGAGUUAAACCACAGUCAACCAAACGCUCAAAUUAAGGCUUACAUGCCCCUUCCUUUUUCUUCAACAGACCCUAACCUGUCGGACAAAUUCUUCACCAACUUAACUACCUUCGCAACAGGUGUCCUCUCACAAUUGACGGAUAUUGGCGUUUUGCGUAGUAGGCGUAUCGCACACGUCAUACGUCAAGUGCCAAACUCCCAACUGUCACCCCAGGUCAAGAUCCCGGCGGUGUAUGUAAAAUUGUCAGAGGUUCUCCGAGCGAGCAGCGGCAAACGCCAAUGGCAGAAAGCCUCGUGGGCUGCCGACGAUGUACGCAUUGUGUUUGGCGGUAUCCAGAGAUUUGUUCCAGAGGAUUCGAAGCAACGCCAGUCUACAGCUUCGCACCCGGACAAGCGACUGACCGUAUUUGCCGAGGCUCGAGUCUUGGUCUCAGACAAGAAGAAAUUCAGCUUGUUGAAAGGCAAUGUCGAUCACGACGUGACCUACAACCCUCGAAGCGGCCAAUUUUCAUUGCGUCUUCGUGCUGAGGUUGGACAGUCGAUCGUUGAUUCUCUUGCGAAUCGCCUCCAAGCUAUCGACAGAUUGGUCGAUUUCCUCGAAGCCAUGUCUAAGCACGGGAGGAGGCUUCAGUGCCAAAGUGUCACUCUUCGCAAGGUCGUCUUCAGUUACGGAGACCCUGCACCUGAAGACUCUCAGACUGGCAUAAUCGCAACAGGUUCUGCGAGUCGUUAUCAGGUGGUGUUGGACUUGGCGAGGGGCGAGGAGAUUAGCAUCAAGCUUCAGAAGGGGAACCCGCACCUUCGAGUGCUAGACUUGCUACGAAGAUUGGUCAACUCGCCAAUAGGAUUUGAGAGCCUACCUUUCUGGCUGUCUUUAACGCUUCCGAUGUUGCGGGGCUUGAAUCUAGUUGAAGAGUCCUGGCAAAAUGUUCAACUCAACAACCAGGGAUCUUUUACCAUCUUUCAUAGGGCACUCGAGUGGUUGACGCUACGGUUCAAUUUUCCCAGUCCCCAAGGCAAGCCACCCCGUCAAGUCUGGUUUGACGUCCGACUCAAGUCUAGGAAUGAAGAGCUCUGGUGGUUCUUGUGGCGCUCGGACAAAGAUAAAGACGCGAAGGAUGAGUUCAGCAGCGUCCUUCAGCCAAUAUGGAAUGAUAGGGGCGAGCAUUGGCGCGGGCUGAAAUCAAGUGCUGCGGCAAAGACUGCUGACGGUAUUGAGGAGCUUCUCAUAAAGGUCAGCGAGGCAUUAAAACCGUUGACCGAACUUGAUGGCAGUGAAGUCGAGACCAAACUGGAGUCGAAAGGAGGCGGCGAUGUUGUCGUGAUAGAUUAG